GGCUAAGGCGGAAGCCUCCUCUUUAAAAACUGCAGUCGAAAUUAUACAACAGGAUGCGCUGAUUGUUUUCAUCCAAAAUACUACAGAUCUUUCGGGCGUUUCGGGCCAUAAUUUAAGGCAUGACUGUUGAGGGGCAGCAUCUUCGAUUUUCGGUAGAUUUGCCGUUCAAAGGUGGCCACGAAGCCAUUGUGAAUCACAUCGAGAGCGAACUAAAACAUCUGGAGCACGUCAAAGAAUACCUAAAUAAGAGAGCUAAAGUGGAACUAGAGUACGCUUUAGCUUUGACUAGAAUCAACACCACUGCUUCGAAAGUAAUCACCGACAGUGAUAAAGAGAGUCCGGUCCGAAAGGCCUGGUGCACAUUUAUCUCAGAGAGUGAAAAAAAGGCAAAUUUGAUAACAGAAUUUAACAAUGUCUUGAGUUCUACAACUUUAAAAAGAUUGGAACAACUCAUUGAGGACAAGAAAAAUUUGCUGAAAAAGUACAGAAAUGAAAGAUUUAGAAUUGAGAGUGCUUUCAAACAAGAAUCAGAUGAAAUUGAUAGACUGAGGAAAACAUACCAAGAAAAUGCAAAAGAAUCUGAAUCCAGCAAGAGGAAAUAUGAGGAAGUUCUUGCAAAAGAUAAGUUCAGCAGCAAAGAUUGGGAAAGAUCUAAGGAUAGAUAUGUGAAAACAACUCUUAAACUACAUCAGAACCAUAACGACUAUGUACUGGCUUUGAAAUCAGGAAACUGUCACCAAGGGUUCUUCAAUGACAUUCUUAUACCAACCAUGUUAAAUUCUCUUCAAUAUUUGCAAGAGGAAUACAUCGCUGAAUGGAAAGAUCUUCUCCAAGAUGUGGUUAAUCUCACAAACUGCUGUCGUGAAGAGUUUUUGUCAUCAAGCAGAGUAAUACAAACAAGUGUCAAUGAAGUGAGGAAGCAGCAGGAAUACUCUACGUUUAUAACCAAGUUCAGACAAGACCCUUCACCAGUGAUACCAUUCCUAUUUGAUCCAAAUGUUUUAGAACUAACAUCAACAGGGGUUACUGCAGAGGAACUGGUUGUCAAUGAUUUGACUUACGAGAAGCUACAACACAAGAGAGCAUUGCUUAGCAAAGAUCUUGAAAAUGUGGAUCAGCAACUGGAAUCUAAGAAAUCAGAAUUGGAAAGGGAAUCCAAUGAACUCCAGACUAAUAAGAGUGGAGGCGGAGAGAACCUAAGCAUCAUGCAGAAAGAACAGACAGUGUCUGUUUUAAACUGGAACGUAGAAGACAUCAAAUGCAGUCAGGCUAAACUUCAGAAAACGUGUACCCAGAUUGCAGCUGCACUUGACAAACUUGGUAAAUCACAGCCUCCAAAGUUCGCAGAUCUAUCUCCCCCCGGGUCAUCACCAACUGGGGAAUUUGGUCAGUCAACGCCUGAGAUAAGAAAAAGUGGCAGGAAAAUACCGACUCUAUUCAAGAAAAGAAAACUGGAAAGGGAAGCGUCAUCUGCCAAAACAAGUAACAAGCCAGUACGAUACGGAACGGCCCCACCAGGGGUGAAUGGCGGGUCAUAUGAGGACGACUCGGAUAACAGCGCUCAAGGAGAGUACAUCGAGCCAGAUGAUGAUAUGCCUCUGGAAGAAGAAAUGUGGUUUCAUGGAACGAUUGACCGUAAAGAUGUUCCCAACCUACUGAAAAAUGAAGGAGAUUAUCUCGUCAGAGAGAGUUCUACAAAGCCCGGUCAGUUUGUGCUGUCCACGCGGAGUGAAGGUCAAAUCAGACAUUUUAUCAUCCAGUUAUCAGACGAUAAUUUGGUCAGAUUUGAAGAUCAAGGCUUUCCUAGUAUAAGACAACUACUAGAUUACCAUGUGCAAAACAGAGUCCAUGUCACAAAGAAAUCUAGAGCAGUGUUAGUACAUGCCGUGGGCAAACCUGUCAAAGACAAAUGGGAAAUGAAUCGAGAUGACAUAGUUCUACAGGAAAAGAAACUCGGCUCGGGUCACUUUGGUGAUGUGAUGAAGGGUUAUUUUAAACCAGCAAAUGUACCCGUGGCCGUGAAAUCGUGUAGAGAAUGUGUUUCGGCGACAGUGAAGCAGAAGUUUCUGGCAGAAGCAGAGAUUUUGAAACAGUACGAUCAUCCAAACAUUGUGAGGUUGAUCGGGGUGUGUGCCGACAAGGAACCAGUCUUAAUCGUUAUGGAGUUCAUGGCCGGUGGCGACUUCCUUUCUUAUUUACGUAAAAGCGGCUCAAAGCUGAACACAAAGAAGCUGCUAAAAUUUAGUGUUGAUGCUGCAGCUGGAAUGGAGUACUUGGAGAGUAAAAAUUGUAUUCACAGAGAUUUGGCUGCGAGAAACUGCUUGAUCGGCACAAAGGACUUACUCAAAAUAUCCGAUUUUGGAAUGUCACGUGAAGUUGAAGAAGUGUAUGAAGCCUCGAAUAUGAAAGAGAUUCCCGUGAAGUGGACAGCCCCGGAGGCUUUGAACUACUUUCAGUACACAACAUUGAGUGAUAUCUGGAGCUUUGGUAUCUUACUGUGGGAGACGUUCUCAUACGGAAAUGUGCCUUAUCCUGGAAUGAAUAACAGGGAAGCCCGUGACAAGAUCGAGAAUGGUUAUCGAAUGCCUGCCCCACAAGACACGCCAUCGGCAGUGUAUCAAAUUAUGAAGGAUUGUUGGAAUUUAAGUGCCGACGGUAGGCCACGUUUUACCGAAAUUCUAAGACGUCUGAAGCAGAUUCAGGAUUAUAUCUGAUUGUAAUUCUAGUUUUGUAUCCCUAACGUUGUGUCAUGUUUUAGUCUGUUCAAGCUAACGUACGUUUAAGUUUAUAGCCACCGUAAUGUAAAUAAAAAAAUACCAGCUUUCCUUUAAUUUUUGCCUUAAUUAAUUGAUAUGAACACGCUCAAUUAUUUUAUUUUAGAGCGAAUGCGUUAAGCGUUAAUUUCAGCUGCGAAAUUUUGGAGGCCAGAAUCUCCCUCACUUUCAACAUUUUCUGCAGUAAAAUUUCGUCGAAUGUAAUUGAUUGGAAGUGUUAGGUAGACAGGUCAUCUUAAAGAGAAUUGUCGUAUCGCCAAACUCUGUUUGCAGGUGUGAGUUUUAUUUCCAAAAAACCAUACUUAUCCAAACAUAAACUAAUAUAUUUACUCCAAAGAAAACCAGGCUUAUGAUAACGUUGGAGAAGAUAGAAAUAGGCAAACUAACUUUUAAUCAACCGACAAACAACAAUUUUAGGUUUUACCAGGGUGGUCAAGAAUUGGAUUUGAUCUUUGAACCUUAAUAUCAGAACCACUUUGAAAAUAGGAAAGUGAUUUUCAUUUGAGUGUAGACAGGAAUUCAGGAUUGCUUUGGGAUUGAAUUACUCCCGAAUUACAAAUUUAGGCUAUUAGAAGAGAGGAAAUCACAAACUGAAAGAGCUCUUGACUGUCACACAAAUUCUCUUCGUCAGCGCCUCAGGAAAUAUAGAGAACAGUAUAGAGAAUAUACAUACUGAUAUUAGAGUGUGAAGGGUUAAAUCAAUCAUAAGUUUGCUUGUUUCUUCUUUGAGUUAUUACUGGGCCUGUGAUUUUUCUCUUCUGGCCGUUGGUUAUUUUUUGGUGUUGGUGUUUUGGGACUGUUGAAACACCGUGCUCCAAAGAUGGGAGAUACUUCUCAGAAAUUUUGAAAAUUGAUUGGUUCAAGGAGUGAACGGGUUAGAUGGGACCCUAAUUUUAAGAUUGUGUUUUAUGUAAGUUCCAAUGCAAUUAGUUAUUGAUCAAGUCUUUCCAUUAAAUGGCAAGACAUAAGAAUUACAAUGUAUAUCUAGAAAUAAUAGAUAAAUAUUUACUAUGAAAAAUAUGAACUUUAUAAGUUGAAGAACGAUUUUGAAUUUUGGCGUCGGUUAAAGAGCGUUAAUGAAAUGAUAAUCAAAUGUCAGAGUUGUAUAGAUAUUGAAUUAGUGAAAAAACAAAAAAAACAAAACAAAACAAAAAAAACUGUACCUAGCUUAAGUUGCCAGUGUCGAUAUACAUGUAACAAUUGUAAAUCGGCCUGGAGAGGAUUAUAUUUUCGUAUUUUUAGUUAGUUUGAAUAAGCAAAACACUAAAUUAAUUACCCCUCAGAACGCAGGGAAAAUAAAAAUUCGAGCUGUUUCAUCUUUCACUUUAUGUGUUUGCCAAUUUAGAUACCGAGAUACAUCUCUAGACCUCUUAAAAGUCAAAUAACCGAAGUCGUUUGUGAACGAGAAGAAAGUGAAAUUGAUCUCUUUAAGUCUUCGAUCCCAAUGAACAGUUUACGACUGUUCCCUGUUCCUUCAGCUUCUUUGAGUUUAACUUGCUUUAUGUAGAUAAGUACAUUUAAGUAUGAUGUAAAUAAACGACUAACUUUACAACUCUA